CUGUUAGGGCUCUAAAGAACUCAACAUGGUGAGAGCUCCAUGCUGUGAGAAAAUGGGGCUCAAGAAAGGCCCUUGGACCCCUCAAGAAGAUCAGAUUCUCAUCAAUUAUAUCACUCUCUAUGGCCAUGGAAAUUGGCGAGCCCUCCCAAAGCAAUCUGCAGGAUUGUUAAGGUGUGGAAAAAGUUGCAGGCUUCGGUGGAUUAAUUAUCUAAGACCAGACAUUAAACGAGGAAAUUUAACCAAGGAAGAAGAGGAAACCAUUAUUAAGCUACAUCGAGUGCUUGGAAACAGAUGGUCGGCAAUUGCAGCAAGGUUACCGGGAAGAACCGACAACGAGAUAAAAAACGUUUGGAAUACCCAUUUGAAGAAAAGACAAAAUUACACCGCCAUGAACCGGCGAAUCUGCGGCGGCGACGAAGAACCUGCAACACAACCCUUCAAAUUUACGACCUUUCACUCCAUGCAGAACCCUGCUUCGACUUCUUCGCCGCCCCAUUGCUCCCGUGAAAGCUCCUCCAUCGUCUUGCCGGAGAACGGUGACUUGUCGACGAAUAAUCUGCCCGAAGCCGACGAAAACUUCUGGGUGGAAGUUUUGGCCGGCGAUCAGAUCGCCACCGUGGAGAGCCAACAGGGAUUUGGAGGUGAAAGCCAAGGACAGUUUGAUAGUAUGAAUUUUUGGUACAAUAUUUGUUCGAGGUUAUAACCCGAACCAAUCCUACCUUAUUUUAAAAAUUAAGAAUAUUUGAUGUUUGAAA